ACAUUUUUUUUGGACAGAAUAACUAUGGAUUCGCUGUUAGAAAUGGAUUGUUGUGGUUUUGCAAUCUUGAAAAGUGGAGAGAGAAAUAAAUAACAACAGAAUGGACCCUGGUCUUGCUUCUUUGAAGGAAGUGUUUGCACACUCUGGUAUAUGGCAACGAAUCACUUGGGAAGUUCGGAAAAAAGACCAAAUCACAGAACAGCUUACUCAACUAUUACAAACAGCAAAAGACGAUUUGCUUUCUUGGAACUCUCAAGGAAUAGAUGUCCUGCUUCGUAUUCAAAGAAGAGUGACGAAGCAAUUCUGUGCUUCUUUGUUUGCAAACGUUACGCAAUUGCUUUCCUUGAUUGCCUAUUAUGAACAGACCAAAGAGCAACCUCUCAAGUUUCUCAUUGAAAACCGUUGGAUUCCUUCAAUAGAAAGGGACAAGUUUUGGCUAUUUACUCAAUAUUCUAUUGCAGCCAGACAAGAAGCUGAAAGAAGAUCUCAACUUGCUACAGAGUUGCUUCAAGCUCUUUUAGAGUCUGCAGGAGUUGUUUACCAUCACUUGGAGAGAUCCUUUGUUUUACAAAAUGAUGCCAAGAAGCAGCAAUGGUUUUAUGAACAUCUUCAUAUGAUUUAUCAGCGUCUAUAUGCGAUAGAACAUUGUCAUUCACUUUCCCAUUUUUGUGAGAUGAUAACACACUUUAGUAACCUGGAAUCCUUCGUUUCUCAGGAUUCAUUUCAAGAGUCUGUGGAGAAGGUAUUGCAAGUUUAUCAAAAAAUAUCUUUUAUGAACUCUGCUUUGAGAAAACUAUAUGCUCCUUUAGAAAAACCAAGUUUUCUAUAUAGGAAGAUACUAUAUCCCUUAGUUCACUACACAUGGUUUAUGUUUCCAAUGAUUCGGUUAUUUCAUAGAUGGUUGGGGUUAAGAAAGACUUGGAUAGAAAUAUAUGAAGAUGGAAAAGGGAUAUGGAUGAGUAUGAUAUCUUUUCUCAAACAACAUAUGAUAGACCCAUUAUCCUCUAUUUAUCAAGAGUUGUUUCACAAUCGUUAUAUGACUAUGGAUGCUUCUGUAGUCGAACAAAGUAGAGAUGCUGUUUUGAGAAUGGUGGAGUCUUUGGUUUCUUAUCCAAUUCCUAAGAACAGAGAGACCAUUGCCUUGCUACAAAUAUAUGAGAAGAAUAUCCGUCAUCCUUGGUAUUCUCUCGCCUUUGGUGACUUGUUGCAAGUCUUGUUGAUUCAAUUGCAAAAGCUGAAAGUAGAUGUGGAAGAACAAAUGUUGACUCUGAAUCAGUUGGUUCGUUCCAACGAAAUCAAUUUCCAGUUAUUGGCUGCAAUUCCUGGUUUCCUCAUUCUUUAUUUUGGUUAUCAUAUGUUACUUUCACUUUUCAAUGCUUGGAGAUAUCAACAGAUUCACGGAAUGGGAACACCUGCCAGACAAGUCAAAUGGUGGUUGCUUGCCAUUCAACAAUGUUAUGCUCGUUUGAAUGAAAGCUCACAAGAGUCUAGUACCUUUUAUCAAACAUAUGGAACUGCUUAUUAUUAUUGUUAUGCCAUUGAGUGGUUGGUACGAGAACAAAAUUGGAUAUCCUUUUCAUCCCUUACCACUCGCAAAGCGUUUCUUCGUGAUUUGGAGCAAUUGUAUUCUGCUGAGUGUUCGAUAACAUUGAAAGCCACGCUGAUUCAACAAAUGCUUUCGAGUUAUCAGUUUCUACAGGUAUUUUUUAACUAGGAAUGGGACAUGAGGAAUCCUUUUUAAAAGAGUCGUUGCAUUUCUAUUUAAACACUUUUGUAUAAAAUAUGGAAAUGCCAU